AUGCAGGCGCGCGAGGGAGCCGCGGCGGGACGCCGGGCCUUCGGCAGCAUCUGCCCCAACCGGAUGCAGGAGCUGCGCGGCCGGGCCCUCGCCAAGCCCGGGCGGCCGGAGAGGAAGCUCGUCCCUCCGCGGCAGUUCUUCGCCGGCGGCGGCGGCCCGGUGCCCGUGUACGAGGACCCCCCGGGCGCCGAGCCCGCGGCGCUGCCCGCCUUCACCACCAUCGACCUGCAGGACCUCGCCGACUGCUCGUUCCUCCGGCCCGACGCGCCGCCUGCCGGGGACUCGGCCGCCUCGCAGAGCCAUGGCCCGCAGGCGGCGGACUGGGACCUGCGGGACUUCAGGGCGACGGUGGACGAGCUCAUCGAAGGCUCGGCCCCCUGGAUGUCGCCUCCCCCGGCCGGCGGAGACCUCCCCUGCUCUCCGGGCGACUCACUGCCCUUCGGGCCCUGCCUCUCGCCCCUGCCGGACCCGCGGGCCCUGCCGCCGCCGCCGCCGCCUCGCCCUGGGGACGCGCCCCCGGCGGCGGAGCAGUACUGGCGGGAGCUGGCCGACCAGAACCAGCGGGCGCUGGGGGACGCGCUGGUGGAGAACAACCAACUGCACGCGACGCUGACCCAGAAGCAGGAGGAGAUCGCAUCGCUCCGGGAGCGCAACGUGCGGCUGAAGGAACUUGCCAGUCGGACCCGGCACCUGGCGUCGGUGCUGGACAAGCUGAUGAUCACGCAGGCCCCGGAGGGCGGGGAGCCCUGCCUGCCCAAGGCCGCAGCCAAGAGGAGCCUGGAGGAGCUGCUGGGCGCCACGGGGCCGGACUGCGCGCACGUAGACGCCCUCCUGCGGGACCUUUCCGAGCGCUGCGAGGAAGCUCUGCGCAGUCGCGACCCGAAGCGCCUCCGCCUGCAGCCGGAGCCCGGGGGCCUGGCCUGCCGGCCCGGGCUCCUGCACGGCGCCUUCCGGGGGCUGCGCACCGACUGCAGCCCGCGCGCGCCCGACCUGAGCCGCGGGGAGCUGGAGGAGGGCGGCUCCUUCUGCACCCCCAUCCGCAGCCACGGCACCAUCCGCACCCUGUCUUUCCCCCAGGGCAAUGCCUUCACCAUCCGGACGGCCAGCGGGGGCUACAAAUUCCGCUGGGUCCCCAGCUGAGCCUCGUUCCGCAGGAGCGGAUCCCCGACGGGCGCGCUGCAGAGUUCUGGUGCAGAUGCUCUAGUCCCGCCCCUUCCACAGCGGGCCGCGUGCCUGGAUGUGCGACCAUGAACUCGCGCGCAGCAGCCGAGCAGCUUCAGCCGGUGACACUGUGCGCUUUAGAGCCGGAGGGGCCUCGCCACGUGGCUGUUUUCUAAUGGGAAGGUGCCCUGGCUUCGUGAGGGAAGUGGAGGUUCCGAGGGGAAGUCAUUUCAUCAGGAAACACGGGACGGAGCGCCGGCCAGGCGCGUCCCUGGGACUCAGCCCCGGCCCGAGGCUCUGUGACGUUUGGCACUUCUCUCCGGAGGCCGGAACAGAAGGAGGAGCGCCCCCUCCACUUCUCUGCGGCUACAGGCCGUCCCAUUGGAACGUGGAUGGUAAAUGUUUAUGGUAAUUUUACACACAGCGUUGUCUAAACAGAAGAGCCACAGGGAACCUUUAAGAAACGUAAGCUGUUUGAAGAACGUGCAUAUCCCACAUGGAAGUGUUCAUAUUUUUGGCCAGAAACCAAGUGUGGAAAUCUCUGCAGAAGUAAAACUAUGUGGACCCCAUGGGUAGAGUGGGGCACGCCUUCACCUAACACCCAUUUUGCUGUGACCCCUUCUUAGAAAAACAUACAUGCUAGGCAGCGCCUGCCCUGUGACUGCUCUUCUGUCCCUUUGUGUGGCUUCCUUUUCCUUCUCUGUUUUGAAAUGAUGUGAGUAGCCAUGUAACCCAGU